UCCAACUAACACUUACUAGUUACAAGUUACAACCUACUUUUUCUCAUUCCUUGAACUUUUAAUUUUUCAAUUUUCACCAUCUUCAAACUCCAAAGUUCGAACUUUUCAGUUUUCCCAUCACAAAUUCUCAAUCAGAUCUAGGGUUAGUUCAUCAAUGGCGUUAGAGUGGGUAGUACUCGGCUACGCUGCAGGUGCAGAAGCAAUCAUGGUCCUUCUCUUAACCCUCCCAGGUCUAGACCCUCUUCGCAAGGGUUUGAUCGCUGUUACUCGCAAUCUCUUAAAGCCAUUUCUCUCAAUUGUUCCCUUUUGCUUGUUCUUACUCAUGGAUAUCUACUGGAAGUACGAAACUCGACCUAGUUGCGAAGCUGAUUCUUGUACACCUACCGAAUUCCUUCGUCACGAGAAAUCUAUCAUGAAGAGUCAGCGUAAUGCCCUUCUUAUUGCUGCUGCUCUUCUUUUCUACUGGAUCUUGUAUUCUGUUACUUCUUUGGUUGUCAAGAUCGAGCAGUUGAAUCAGCGUGUUGAGAGGUUGAAGAGAACUGAUUGAUUUAGGAGUGUUUGAUUGCCUAUCUUUGUUUCUCAGAUAAGUGGAAUUUCUGUUUUUUAUUUCUUAUUUUAGACCUUAGUAUUAGCUUCCUGCUUGUCUGACGCACUCUUUGCCUGAUUAAUGGGCAAUUUACUGAGAACUGUAUACAUUGUUGCUCUUAUAUGAUCUUGUUUUGAUUUAAGUAUUAUGUUUAGCCACUAAUAAUGCAUGAUCUUUCUUUUAGUCGUGUUUGGUUUGGCAGAAAACAUUUUUCAUCUAAACUAUUUUAUAAUGGAAAAUGCUAAUCAUGAUCAAUUAUCUUUUGUUUAGUUUGAUGGGAAAUGAAGAUGUUGGGAUGGAAGGGUGUAUGCGAAUUGGUUUCCUUCUAAUUUUUGAGGAAAUUUUUUCCACUUGCGGGCCUAAAUUAUGAUAUUUUUCAAGGACCUAAAUUAUGAUAUUUUUCUAACAAUUAUGUAUUUUUAACACUUAAUAUAUACCAAAUAUAUACCACGUAAUUUAACAUUGGGUCACCUAAUUUUUCGAUGGCCCUCUGCGGUCGAACAUAUUAAACAUGCUCAGACCUCUCGUGUCCACUUGAAAUUUUCAUAUCAGUUCCAUUGUCAAACUAAACAGAAACUGGAGAAAAUAGUUUUCUGGAGAACUUUUUCUUCCAAACCAAACACCCAGGGCCAGUAGUAUUUCACUUUUGCACAUUUUUAGGUACCGAUUAAACUCUGAUAUGGGUUUACCCUUUUAACAGUUUUUGCAUUGCUCUGUGUAACACCCCUGAAUUUCCGACCCUUUAACGAAACCAAAACCGUAAAGGACGGGAGAAAAUUCGGGUCUUACAUAAAAGAAAAGGAAAAGAAUUUAGAUAAACGUUAAAUAUUAACUUUAAAAAGGUGAGUGGAAAUUUUGGCAGCAUGUACCUUAAAACUGUGCGCCUUUGUAGAAAAACAAAAGUUAAUUUAGAAACUAAUAAAGUAAAGGCACUAAUGGCCUAUCAAAGCUAUGUCACGGCGGAAUGAUUCGUCGCCGACUUCUCAAAUCAACAUGCCAAGCAUGGAUCGUGGUUCCAGUGUCGAUGUUUGCGCUUUAAAAAAAGACUUAACUCCUUAAAACCAUACAGAGUUAUAAACUACGCAGCGGAAAUACAAAUAUACUAGGGAGGACGCAAGGCCUCACAACAAAACAUAUACAACCAAAGUUUACAAAAGAUAACAAAAAUUACAAAAUCGAAAGAUAGCGGUAUGACACAGGAUAUGCUUCGCCCUCAUCAUUAUGCAACGCAAUGCAAAAGAAGCUCCAGUACUUGCUACGCUUGUCUAUGAUCCCCCUGCUGCUCGACAUUAGACCAAAGGCCAAUGUGUCAUAGCAGGACAAUCAUAGAAAGUCAUCAACAAACAUACAUAAACACAAAAACGUACACGUCCGUAACUAGCAUAAAAUAUAAUAAGGCCAACUACUAGAUAGCAUUAUAUCAUAAAACAACAUAAGAUGAUUUCAUAAAACGCAAGCACAGAUAGUAACCGUUUAUCGGCCACUUAUACUUCUUAAUUUCAUUACGUGCUUUCCAACCCGAACCAUGUGCUCUUGGGUAGAAUGCAGGUCUUCACGCUCCUCUUUUCAAACAUAAAUUCUUGUAAAACACGCAUAGUUCAACUCGACCAAGGCAUUAACAGAAUACCUAACACAUGACUUUAUAGAGCUUGUCUAUCUUAAGGUAAGUGUGAUCAUAGUCCGUAAUACCCUUGAGGUAACUUAACAUAGACACACUUCUCACUAGCAUAAACUAUUCUAUCAAUAAGUAGAUGUUCUAUCAAUGAGUAAAUAUUCUAUCAAAGAGUAAACGUUCUAUCAACGCGUAAGCUUUCUACCAAAGAAUGAACCUUCUAUCAUUAAAUAACUUUCGAUCAAUGAAUAAACUUUCUUUCCCUAAAUAGUUUUCUAUCAGUGGAUCUUUUCUCUACUUCCUAGCAUAGUGACACGGCCAAGGGCGUUAUCGGCCAUCCGGCGCCCAUGGUAAAGUAUGAGCUCAUGCCCCCUCCAGCUGACCCUCUCGGGUCCUACCUUCGGGAAAAAUUAACACACUGGGGUACUAAACCAGUGAAGAGGCCACCAUAUUGGGGUUUGCAAGCCCCGCAUGGUAUCACCUCGGUCAAGGGGCGGUAUCGGCCAUCCGGCGCCCAGUGACCCAAGCAUGCUCAUACCCCCCUUACGGUGGUCUCGUCGAACCUCACCUAGGGGACUACUAAAACAACUGGACAUAAUCCAGUUGAGUCACACCAGCUAAUCAAAAUCUAGUACCUUAUCAGAUGGGAAUAACUUCCACUCUCAACUAUUAAUGAGCGCCUUGGGAUAGCAGCGCGUCAAAACCCACUGAGUCACUCAAUAGAAUAUGAAAUUCACCUAUAACGGAGUCAUUCUAACUCCAAUUAAGGCAUAAUCUAAUUCUUAAAUAAAUAAGAGGGUGGUUCCCGCUUUCUAUUAACACUCUCAUUCUCUAAACUAUUCUAAGCGCAAGGAUUUCAUAGUCGAUAGCUCUUCAUAUAAAGUGUACUCACUAGUACUUCAUAGUUUCGAUACAAUGCAUACUAUCAAAAUAAACAAUAAUGUCUUAAAGAAAAUUGCAUAUAAGGGUUAUUACUGCGUGUACGUACCACCUGUAAGCGUCACUGACCGAUCAAAAGUCACUAAAUCACCCAACUAAAGCUCUACUUUCCUCUUACGAAAUGACCACCUAUAUAAGUUAUGAGUAGAACUAAUAAGUUCUCUUGACUACUUUGACAUACCAAAUUAAUCGCUAUCACCCAUUCAACAUGAGUAUCCGAUUACUCUAGCACGCACACAAUCAAUACAAGUCAAAAUCAUUGACUCAACACAACAUAAGUCUUUCCAUCAAUUUAAAGUAGAAGUAUGUGUGAAUCGUUUCUUUGCAUUAACUAAUUUUGAGCAUAUCGGCUCGCGUUACCCAAAAAUAACUAAUCACAACUAAAUCUUACAAUUUUAAUAUAAUAUUAAUAUAACGAUAAAGCAAAUGUUAGAGUUAUCAUAUUGGGAUAUCAUUUGUUGCAUUCUCCAAAGCUAUUAAGAACUUUAAUCAAAACAACACGACAAAUAACUUUAGCAACCAUCGACGAUAAGUUGACAUUAUGCUCUUGGCUUACCACUAUCAUGUAUCUAUAACUUCAAUAACAACCUAAUAAGGGUAUUUGUAAUUUACAACAAUCAAACCACAACAAUUAGUAACUAUUAUUCUCAAUUUAAUCAAUCGAAAUCACUUUCAUAGUCAACUAACAUCAUCACCAUUACUAAUUAUUCACAAUAAUAACCAAUCGACCAAAUCUUCAAACAACUUUUAAAGUUAUUUAAUCAAUCAUCACCAAAAUAUAGUAUAACACACACAUCAUUGGUAAUUUCAUCUCUAAAUCCAAGCCCUAAUCGUUUCGUGUUCAAAGAUAACAUUUAAUUACUACCCAUACUAAGAUUCAAAGAAACUAAUACAAAUCGACACACAACCCAUAAUUUCAAUCACACUUCAAACCCUAAGUCAUAAACAUGUUUAAUUCAUCAAUUAAAUUCUUACCUACAAAAAGAUUCAAUGAGAAUAACACAAAAAUCAACACCUCACUCAUAAACUUCAUAAAACUUCAAAUAAAACUAGAAAUUAAUUAGAGAAAAGAGAAGAGAUUGCUCACAAUGGAGAAACUAGAAAAGGGUGAGGGUAUAGGUGGUGUUGUGGUGGUGGUGGAGCACGAAGGUGGACAGCCUGUGGUGUGCCAGACACGGCUGCUGCUGUGGGAACCUCCAAGAAACGCAGCUGCUGCCGCCUGCUGCUUGGUUGAGCCACGGUCGCUGCCAGCUGCUUGGGGUGAGUCACGGCUUCUGCAGGGAAAGGGAAGGUGCUGCCGGCUGCUGUCCUUGGUGGCUGUGGAGGCUCAGCAGUGAGUGAGAGGGAGUGAGAGAAAGAGAGAAGAGAAGGAAGGGAGUGACGGGCUGACGGCGUGAUUCUUGUGAGGGAGGGAGUGAUAUCCCCUUAAAACCCUAACUCAUCCUAUUUAUUAAUUUAUACACUUAUUUAUUUAUUUCUUUACCUAGGUUCAUCUUCUUGCGAGGCCCAACUAAGAACUCACCUUCGUGUGCUCACACAUUUCAAUAAAAUAAUUAUUUUGAUUCGAACCUCUUUAUUUAGAAAUCGUGAUUGUUUUUUUAUUAAUAUAAAUAUAUGUCAAUAUUUAAAUUCGUAUAUGAAAGGAAUUUUUUAAAACUACUUCAAAAUUAAUUUAAUAUAAUUAUAAAAUAACCAAAAGUCAUUAAAAUAUUAAUUAAUGACGUCUGAAAAUCUCGGGGUGUUACACUCUGACUCUAUAAGCUUUAAGUGAUUAUUUGCAUUCGUUAUCUUAGGAAAUGUGACGAUGAAAUCACUGCAAGAUUUGUAUGUGAUGACUGAUGAAAUUGAGGGUAUUAUUUUGUCUCUUGUUGGACAUACUAGAAUUUUCUUCAAGUUUAAAAUGCAAGACCAGGACACUGUAGUCUUGUUAAAAAUCCGAUUAAACACACUGGAUUAGUCAAGAAAUUAAGUGCUUGAUUAAGGAUGACAGGGAGAGUUUCCUGUCAGUGACCAAGGACAACUAGGAAAUUUAACCAUACUUACCAUAGUGAUCAAGGACAGUGGGCUUUAUCUGGCUGUUGAGAUUGUUAUCUUUUUUGUUGUAUUUGAUCCACGAUGCAAUGCUUCUUCUGUGUCAUAAUUGGUUGGGUUGAUGGAGUCAUUAAGGGAGGAAAGUACAUAGUGAGUUACCUAAAAUUUGUUAAACAUCUAGGUAGCUUUGAGAAGGUUAAUAGUGGGUGAUAUCUGUUCUUCUGGUGCUCUCUAAUAAUGAAAGCUAACACAUUUUGAUGAAAACCCCUUGCCUCCUUUGUUUUCCCUAUUUUGUAUUUCUGGAUGACGUGUUUUCCUAAUUAUGUUGCACUUUAGGUUACCCUACCCCGUUCUGGUCUCUUCUGGUUUCUGAGAAAGAAGAUGCACUGUGUGGUACCUUUUGAAUAACUUGGUAUGGGGUAACUUGCUCACAGUUAUGCUACUAGAAUACUUCAAUGCAAUCAAAAGCCUCGGUGACUUGUAAAACUUCUAACAUUAACAACCGCUUUUUUAGUGGAAAACUUCAGCGGUUGAGCCGUGGAAGGUGGAUGGGGUGGAUGUUAAUGGCUCCCAACAAGGCAACAACAACCUACUUUGACCUUGCAAUUAGGCUACAUACCUGGCUAUAUCCAAUAAAAUUCAUAUAAAAGUAGCUUGACUGUUUUCUGAAUAUUGUGGGGCUUGUCAAAUAACCAUGUCUAAUUGCAAUGAUUUUUCAAAUAUCUUGAUUAACUUUCCAUUUAAGGUUAGUAGAGCUCAAUCAUAACCGAGUUAUAAACUCUGUUUUGGCUUUUAACCUAAAAAGUUGCGGGGAAUCAAAAUCUGGAAAUAAAAGAGAAGAUGAAACUUGAAAGUGAGGUAUUGGAUGAAAAUUUGUCUUAUUUUCUUAGAAAUCUUGUUCACCUUUGCAAAAAUAUUAGUUUGUAUUUUUUUUUUAUAGAUGGAAGUAAGUCACUUACUCCCUCUUAGAACCGAAUUGAGGCAAAAAGAAGGCUAGUUUACUUGAGUUUCAAACUCAUCAGAGAAAGCCUAGGUACAUGUAUAGUGUAGAUGUUGAACGUAAAAUAAGUAGUUGUGUAGACGGACAAUCGGACAUAGUUGUGCUGCAACGACCUCCUUUAAGGUACUUUUAUGGAACUCUAUGAAUCCACUGCUUGUGGUUUUUUUUUUUUUUCAUAAGUACUCUAUUGUUUUGUCUUGAAAUCUUGAUUGCUUUUGUGUUUAUGAUAUGCAAUUAAUAGUGGGUGUACAACACCAACUGGCUGCUCUGAUUGAGCAGGCACUCUUAUUAGAUUUGAUGCAGGAUUUGGAAAGUUGUUUCAGUAUUCCUUCAUCUUAUUGGCUGUUCCAUCCCUAGUGGUAAGAGUACGAGUGUAAGACCGACAGUAUUUUAACUUGGAGUGUAAGACCGACAGUAUUUUAACUUGGUGAUUGGUCAAAGGCAUUCUUUUUAACAUGCUUCGGUGAGGCUGUGUGCAGCUUGACUCUUUUUUUUGGAUGUAGGCUAAGUGAUACAGGCAAGUUGCAUUUGACGAACCAAUUUCUACUUCUAUAAAGGGUUUAUGUUUAUCUUUAAUAUUACGGUGCUUCAUUCUUCAAUCACGAACUCUGUGGGAGCUAUGCAAUUUUCUAUUUUCGAUGAUUUACAUUAGUGAUCACCUUUCUUUCUUGGCUUCAAUUAGAGUGUUUGAUUGGAGAAUCCGAGUCUUACAUUAGUUGAAGAGCCUAUCGAGAAAAGGUAAGGUGGUAAUAACAAGUGUUGUAAGCACCUACAGUUAUGGUUUUUAUUGCGGUUGUUAUUGUAUAAACUUGUUUGUACUUUUGUAGUGACAUACUAGUAUUCACCUACAAAAGUCGUAUAGAAGGCCGUUUUUGGUGUUUACUUGCUCUUCUAGCCCUUGAAUGUGUAAUUGAUAGAAUGUAAAAGAUGAGUAUGGACAACCAAAUCACAGCGGAAAAUAGGUAAACCACUCAUAAAUCCAAAGUAGUUGCACUACUAUAAGUUUAUAACCAAUUGGUUGUACAGUAACUCUCUUGAGAGACCGUCUUCUUGAGAGACGGACCUCAAGUCUAGGCCCAAUUCCCUUUUUGAUUUAAUAUAAAGCAAAAAAAAAAUAAAAAACAGCAGCCAAUUCCCUGAUGACUUUCUUCUACCAAAAAAUUUGGUAUUCCAAUGCCAUCAUUGCCAAACACAUUGGAAACUGAGGUAAGGUAAUUAUUGAAACUUUUUAAUUUCUAAUCCAUUAAAACUAAAAGAUCAGAUCGGAAGAUGUAUUCUUCCCUCCAUUUUGAUUUUUCUUUUUGAAACGAUAUGGAUGCCUUUCGAGGAAGAAUUCGAACAGUUCGUGACGCAGGUUAAGGGGAUUCAUUUUCGCCAGACAAUAUAGGUAUGUUUGAAUCUUUCUUUCUUCACUAAUUCAAUAAAUCAGAAGCAAAAAUGUAAUGACCUCAUUCUGAAUGAAGUUUCCGUAGUUCCAUUAAAUAAUGAUCAUAUUCAGUUCGAGCAACGACAAUUAGUCAACAUGAAGGUUAGUAAAUUCAACUUGAUAUCUGUUUCUAGUUUGGAAAUGGAUAACAUAUAUUUUGCUGUAGUUCAUCUCGUCAACAUUAGAAUACGUAAGCUUUUUUGGGAGAAGAAAGUCGUCAGAGAAUUGGCAGUUGUUUUUUUUUUUUUUGGCUUUAUAUUAAAUCAGAAAAGGGAAUUGGGCCUGGACUUGAGAACUGUCUCUAAAAAGACGAUCUCUCAAAAGUGUUACUGAAUUAAUAAACUGAUUAACCAUCAUUUUAAUUUCUUUUUUUGUUUGGAUCAGCCCAUUAAGGCAGUUUUUCCAAGAGACUGUUUUCCAUAAAAGUUUGUGUUGAUUGUAAUAAAAGUUGCUCACGUAGUUUAUAAAGUGUUGUAUAUUUCUAUCUUUUUUCGACGUGAUAUGGGUAACAAAUAUCAAUGAGAUAUGCACAAGUAUCAAGGAGCAUACUAGUUGGAAUAAUAAAAAAUAAAUUUACUGAGAACCAAAAAGUAACAAUUUUCACGGGGGUUAUUAUUUAUCGUCACUUUUUUCAUUUUAUCGCCACUUCUGAUAAAAUUAUGAGUUUGCCCCUAGAUUUUUAAAAAUUACGAAAUUACCACUACACUUAAAAUAUGUUUAAUAAAUGUAAAUCGCACUUAAUAACACUAUUAUCACUUAAUAACAAUAUUAUCGGAACUUUAUAUAUAUUGAAUUUUCAGAGAUGUUCUUGAGUAUAUACGAAUUCAAACAAGGUACUAUCUCUCUAAAAACAAUACGUUAAGUUAAAUAAGCUAGAACUCUACAUCGAACAAUAAUGGCAUACCAAAACGAGUAUGAUAACGAUUCGGUAAGUAAUUAAUCGUUUCGAAAUUUUUAUUAAAAAAAACAAAAAAAAAAUCCAGAAAGGCCAGUCGCACAAAAAGUGCGACUGGUUCAAAUAAUUUUUUUUUAUUUUUUUUAUUUUUUUGAAUUUCGAAUUAUAAAAUUUCUCUCGUGUAA